AAGACUUUUUUUCUAAUCUUAAAAAUUUUGAGUUUUUGAAUAAAAAAAUUUUUGUCAUGGAUUUAAAUUUACGAAAACCAAUGUUUUUGCUAGAUAAUCUAACAAAUGAUAUAAGUGGAAAUAAAUUACCCACUAACAAACAAGUUUUGAGGUUAUUAUUUCAUUGCACUAAGAACAUGAAAACAACAGUUUAUGAAGGCUGUAAAAUAACAAUUGAAAAAGUGAAAAAAUUUUGGGUGUUUGCUGGGAUUUUUAUACUAGAUGACAAACGAUGUAUAAAAAAAUUGGAAAGUUUGCACGAAGAGUACAGAAUGGUACAUAAAAAUGCUGGCAUACCAUCAAAUCAUCAGAAAGAGCAAGAGUUUUUUCUUAAAUUGGAACAACUUUUUGAUAUUGCUCAUAGUCGAAUUUUUGAAAUGGUCAGCAAUGAAAUAAAAAAUUUUUUGAUUGAUCAACGAUCAGAUAGAAAUUUGCACCUGAAUUUUUCGGCCAAUCAGCAAAGUCGUCCAAACGAGUUGUCCGAAAAUCUACUUGUUAAUGUUGAUCACUUCAAUGAGCCAUCAACUUCAAAGAUUCCACUUUCAGAAAAUGAUGAUUCCUUUAUAAAACUAUCACCUUGUCAAGAAAUUAAAACAAUAUCUCAGAGUAUAGAACACGAGUCAGAUAACGUUGAGUUAACGAGGAAAAUUUCAAAUAAUUAUUUGCCAUCAAGUUCAAUUAGUUCAGAAGGAAUUAUGUCCAGUGGGGAAAUGAUUAGUUCUUCAUCACCACCCAGUCAAAGAUCAGAAUUUGAAGUAGGUGGACGAUACUACAAUCGGAAAAAUGAGAGAGGAGUUAUUAAUAUUAUGACUGAAAAUGUCGUAGCCACUUUGGAUAAUUGUAAAGUAUCGUAUAGAAAUUCGGUCCGGAUUAUAUCCGCAAUAUCUGAAGCGCUCCAAUUUGACGUCAACAGUUUAAUUUUAAACAAAACAUCUUUUAAUGAACAGCGCAAAAAAAUUCGAGAACAGAAAGCUAUAAAAAUAAAAAAUUUAUUUGGUGACGUACAGCUUACUGCAGCGAUUCUUCACUGGGACGGUAAACUCAUACCAGAUAGUAUAUCUUGUAAGCAAAUGGAUAGAGUACCUAUAUUAAUCAGUAAUAGUGGAAUUGAAAAACUCUUAAGUGUACCUGCUUUACCUAACGGAAAGGGAAUUACUCAAGCCGAGGAAAUUUAUAGUGUGCUCCAUGAUUGGAGUUUAACAGAAUCAAUCAAAGGAUUGUGUUGUGAUACAACCGCGUCUAAUCUUGGCUGUAAUAAUGGAGCCGCUGUACUAUUGGAACAAAUGCUAGAAACCGAUUUAUUGUGGUUACCAUGUCGACAUCACAUUUAUGAACUUGUUCUGACAAGUGUUUUCACUCUAAAAUUACCAGGUACUACUGGACCAAAUGUCCCACUGUUCAAAAAAUUUCAAAGUUGCUGGAGUACAAAAGACAAAAGUAAAUUUAAAGACGGAUUAGAGGGAAACAAGAUUCAUAAAAAAUUGAUUAGCCAAGUCGAUGAUACUGAUUACACCAUCAAAAAUAUACUAGGCACUGUUUUGCCUCGGGAUGAUUACAAAGAACUUCUUGAACUGUCUCGAAUUUUUCUUGGUACCGUUGAACAUCAAAAAGUAAAUUUUUAUAAGCCAGGUGCUUUCCACCACGCUCGUUGGAUGGCGAAAGCGAUUUACUCAUUGAAAAUUUACAUUUUUCGUGAUGUUUUUGAGCUAACGAAAGAAGAAGAAAAAAGUUUAUUAGACGUUUGUUUAUUCGUGGUGUUCGUAUAUGUGCGAUUUUGGUUUACAGCACCUCUGGCUGUAGCCGCUCCAAACCAGGAUUUACAAUUUGUGAAAACUGUUUAUGCUUAUAGAACUGUCGAUAAAGGUGUGUCUGAAGCAGUUUUAAAAAAAAUAACGAAUCAUUUCUGGUACUUGAGCCCAGAAGUUGUUGCGUUUGCGUUUUUUGAUGAGAAUAUAUCAGUACAUAUUAAACGCAAAAUGAUCAGAGCUUUGAAAUUGGAUACCACCUAUGAAUUUGGAUGUCCAAAGAAAUAUUUCAUUAACAAUGACAAUGAUAUUAAGAAUUUACAAACUAAAGAAAUUGAUUAUUUUGUCAAUUGUCAUACUUUAGGUUUUUUUAAAAGAUUUGGUAUCAGCGAAGACUUUUUGGAAACAGAAGUAGAAACCUGGUAUGAAAAUGACAAUUACCUAAAAGGAUUGGAAAUUGUUAAAAAUAUUAAAGUAGUUAACGAUAUAGCCGAACGAGCUGUACAAUUGACUCAGGACUACGUCAAUGUUCUUGCUAAGGAUGAGAGUCAAAAGCAGUAUCUUCUCCACGUAAUAAAGGAGUACAAAAAUGAAUUUCCGAACGCAACGAAAGAAUGCCUGACAAAAAAAAUGAAAACUUAAUGAUUAUUUUAAUUAUAUUUGCUUUAUAUAAAAAUAUAUAAUAUAUUAUAUAUAAAAUAUAUAUUAUAAUAUUAUAAUUAGAACUAUUUAAACAGAAUGAUGAUUUAAGUAUAAGUCAAAGGAACACUAUGAAUUAUUUGAUUAUUUAUAAAAAAAAGCCAUCAAACUAUUUUUACUUAUUUGAUAAUUAAAACUGUUACUACUUGAAAUAAAUGAUUAUUUGUGUUUUAUCAUUUUCAUGAGACCUCAAAAAAAUUGCUGUGAAUGCUUGACAACCAAUUUAGCGUUAAAUAUGGAAUGGUAAGUAACUUAAACAAAAUUAUUGAAAAAUAUGAUGAAAAUAAUUUUGGACCUACUUAAAACGUUUAAAAAAAAUUUUUGACCCCUAUCUGAGAAUUUUUUAAUCUAAAGUGACCAUACCGGAAGCAGAAUCAACGAUAUUUAAUGAAUUAUUGAGUAUAAUGAGCGAGUAAAAAAAUAAUUUCCAAAAAAAGAAAAAUUCCCAUGUUAUUUAAAUGGAAAAAGUAUCGUGAUUUAGGCAGGGUUAAAUGGCAUCGAAAAAAAUUAUUUCUUUUU